UUCAGAAUACCAAAGGGUUGUGUACUCAGAUAAGUAUUUGCCUGCGGCUAAUCCUGGUAUCAAUCCGCUUCCUGUUUGUUUACUUUGCCGUGAGUGGAUUGUUGUGAUAGAAACUGACAGACACAUUGUAAAACGUAUGUCUCUUCAACAAACAAGCUUAUCCACUUAUUUUGUUUCUUGAAUACGUGGGGACGAAGUAUAUGGUUCGAGGCCCAGGUACUAGGGUUAUGAUUUCCAGAUGACGACAAUGUGUACAUACACAAGCUUCCUCCUUGUUGCCAUAGCGACAUGUGUCCACUCCCAGGAUACUUCUACGACAGCGAACGCACCUACUCUUGACGGAGCUGACGUCAAGCUGGAUGAGCCUUGUACCACUUGGAACUCAUCUGCCGACUACGACAAGCUGAUCAGUAGGUUCUAUGGCAAACUCUUCCACACCAAGGAGCAGAUUGAGAGACAGGAGCAGACAUGGCGGGAAGAGCACAAAUCUGAAUGGGGUGUUGUCUCACAACGGAAGGCGCCUGCGUUGCUGUCGAACAGAUGGUCUGACUCUAUGGGGCACGACUACGACCAGUGUUGUCCGACUGUGAUGUAUUAUGAUAAGAAGAAGACUAAGAAGAAUACAAGGGGACAGUGGAGAACCAUCAUGCACCUGCCCCUCGCCGCCCCCCCAAGGUUUCAGUGGUACCCCAACGCUCGAUGUGGGAGGCCUGGGAACUGCCUCGGAAAGUGCCGGCUGGAGAACAUCGCAAUCUGCCUGCUGGUGUACCCACUCAGCGGACCCCUAUUCCCCCCGGAGUUUGACUGGUUCUACGUCCCGGGCUACUGUUCCUGCAAGAGCAGCUGAAAGACAGACGCCUUCUGAGACGAAAUCAAAUCCAUUAUUUACCAUUCGUUUGUAUCUUUUGUAACUUGAAAAAAUUAAUAAAUGUCACUUGAACUUUA